GUGGGCCCUGAGUUGGAAAAGGAUUCUGAGAGUGGAGGGGACAGCGGCUGUCCCAGCGAGAGAAGGAGUGAUGGUGAUCCAAAUGACCACGUAGACGGGGUCCAUCAUCGCAUCCAAAGACAUUACUCUGAGUCGGAUGACGACAGUGUCAGACGGAGGAAGAUGGUAGCUUCUCCAAGAGUCUCUUCAAACUUACAUUUUGACAAUGCUGACGACGACUCGAUGACAGAGGAGAAGUGGAGCUUCUACCAUUCGUCCCGCUCUCACGUCCACCGGUCCUCCUGCGUGGAAACGGAGAUGGAGCGACUCGAAGCUCUGAUGCAGAAGAAAAUAGGCCAGUCCAUCCUCGGAAAGGUGCACCUGGGGAUGGUGUGGUACCAUGAAGCGGGUCGGUUCUGUGAGAAGGAUGAGCAGUGGGACCAGGACUCGGCCAUGAUGCACCUGGAGAGAGCGGCGCAGUGCGGGGAGCUGGAGGCCAUCGUGGCUCUGGGACAGUGCUGCAUGCAGCUGCCGCAUCACAUCCUGCCAGACAUGCAGCUGGAGGAUAACGCCGGAAACAGGAUGAAAGGCUUUAAGUAUCUGCUGCUGGCUGCUGAGUCCGGUGACAGGUCUUCUAUGAUCACAGUGGCCCGAGCCUUUGAUUCUGGUAUCAAUCUUUCAGCUGACAGGUCGGUGAAGCAACCUGUCUGAGUUCAAACUGUCAAAAUCUGGACUUGGAUUGUGUAUGGAUUUGUGGGUAAAGACUAACGCAGAACCUGGUCCAACAGUCGUGGUUAUACUGCCCCCUAGAGCAGUGGUUCCCAACCUGGGUGUCGUGCCCCCCUUGGGGGGGCGCCAAAGAUCGCAGGGGAGGCGC